AUUUUUAAUUGUUCACAUCUGUCAUUUCAUGACGUUUGAUUAAUUCAUGUGUAAAAACUAGAUUGUUUUUUUUUUUCGUUCAGUGUGUCGAUAAGCACUUGGAAAUUCGCAAAUCAGUACAAAUCAAUUGAUAACAUUUCAGUCGACUUGCCAUUGAUUUAAAGACACACGUCAGUAAUGCAAAAGAAGUUGAUACUAACGACAACGAUAAUAAUAAUAGCUUUCGUACUAAUUGCAAUGGCUGCAUUUAUUGAUUCAUAUACGUCGUCCGAGGUAGAGAAAGCCUUUACCGAUAAUGAAAUUGUUCCGGAUAUUUUGAACGCGAGUCCAAAGAAGAUUAUCAAUGUAUCAUACCCAAGCGGUGUCACAGUUAGUCUGGGCAAUGAAUUAACGCCGACACAAGUAAAAGAUGUGCCACAAGUUUCGUGGAAAGCCGAAAAUGGAGCUUACUAUACGUUACUGAUGACAGAUCCAGAUGCUCCAUCGCGUGUUUCACCAACUUUCAGAGAAGUUCGGCAUUGGCUUAUCUUCAAUAUUUUGGAAUCGGAUAUAACAUCGGGCGAAGAAGUGUUUGAGUACAGAGGUUCGGGCCCUCCGAAAGGCACCAAUUUGCAUCGUUACAUCUUUUUGGUUUUCAAACAACCUGGAAUAAUUCAACACACCGAGCCGCAUGUGUCCAAUAAGAGUCGGGCGAAUCGAUUUAUGACUUCCGUGUCAGAGUUGUUAAAAAAAUACAACUUGGGCGAUCCGGAAUUUGGAAACUUCUUCCAAGCCCAAUACGAUGCAUAUGUUGACAUAAUUCAAGCACAAAGCACGGAAUGAAAACACAUUCUUCAUCGUUCAAUAAGUGAUCUUAUUAUUGGGAACAUUCCGUGUCAUCAUAUUUAACGUCGAUUAUAUAAUUUUAGCUGCUAAAAACAUUUCUGGGCGGUGGUUUUCUCUUUUCAGUUUUUAUUUUUUUUAUCUAUGUUUUGCAAUCGAUAAAGUUCAGUUUUCAAGAUUUAAAUUUUUUCUUCAAUGGGUUUUCGUUAUUCUUGUGCAUUUUUGAAACUAUUUCUCCUUGCGUUGAUCUUUAGAUAAGGGAGAUAAGUUGUGUAAGAGAAUGACGUUUGUGUUUGAUUAAUAAACAAUUUUUUUUUUCCGUAAUAACAGAAAACUUUAUUGAUUAUUUAUAAUAUUAUUUACAAAAUUUCUGUUUGUUUUGUUGUUUCGUUUUUGUAAAUGCCUGUUGCUUUACGUAAGAAAUAUCUCUCUACUUUUCGAAAUUUUUCCAUUUGGUGCGAUGAUAUUUGCAUCCAGCAAGCACAGGCAUAUAGUAUUAUCGGUCUAAUUAGUUGUUUGUACAUUAGUAUUUUUACAUUAGUCGCGAGGUACUUGGAGGACAAUGCAUUCCUGAGCAGUGCUUUCGCUAUGUUUACUUUACUUAGAAUGUGCUGAACCUGAUCAUUGAAUCUAAAGUUACUUGAAAUGACUAUUCCUAAAUAUUUUACUUUUUUGCAUUUUUGGAUUAUCGUUUCAUUUAGUUUCAAUUCGAUGUUUAUCGCUUUUUUCCUAAUUGAUCUGGCUAAAUCUUUAUAGUGGCCUACGAUUGAAAUUGCUUCGGUUUUUUGCUCAUUGAGUUUUAAUUUCCAGCAUUUGAUUUAAUUUGAUAUUUUUGUUAAGUAAGCAUUCAUUUCGUUUUGUGCUUCUCUUAUUUUAUCGGUCGUUGUGUAUAUUAUUGUGUCGUCGGCGAACAUAAGUCGUUUGAUUGAUGUUUUUGUAGUGCUGCUCGGUUUCGGGAAAUCGUUUGUGUAUAGCAGGUAGAGUAUCGCCAAUAGAAUGCCGCCUUGUGGUGCGCCUGCUACGAUUGGUUUCGGUUUCGAUGAUUUGCCAUUGAUUUGUACGGUAAAAGUGCGUUCGAAGAGAUAGUUUUUAAUUAGGCAAAUUGUCGUUUUAUCGAAUUUCAUGACGUGCAUUUUGUAGAUGAGUGCUUUGUGCCAGAUCGUGUCGAAUGCUGCUUGGAAGUCGAGUAAGACUGCAAUGGUUGGUUCUCGCUUGUUUAGGCCUGCAAUUACGUCUUCGAUGAAUUAAGCUGUUGCCAUCUCAGUCGAUUUGCCAGGCUGGAAGCCGAAUUGGCACUCGCUGAUGAUUUUGUUUACAUCACAAUGGAUUCGUAUUCUCUUUUCGAUGAUUUUUUCGAGCAGUUUGCUGAUGGCUGAUUGUUGUGUGAUUGGUCGAUAGUUUUUGAUGAGUGUGUUGUCUUUGCCAGGUUUCGCGAUUGGUGUAAUAACUCCAAAUUUCCAUGCCGACGGUAUGUAUUGCAUGUUUAUGAUGUGAUUGAAUAGAAUUGUGAGUGCUGUUAUGAAGCAGUUUGGCAUUUUCUUGAGCAUAUAAUUUGAUGUGCGGUCGAAGCCAGUGGAUUUUUUCGUGUUUCGCAUUUUGAUGAUGUCCUUCAGUUCAUUGGUGCUAAUGAAUGUAUUUUGCAGUUGUUCAUAUGGUGCAUCGAUGUUUUACUGAUUUUGAGUGAUGUCUUUGAAAUUUGCUUGCACUUCCGAUGAGAAAACGGUCACAGGUGUAUUGUUUUUGUAGCUGUUGUAAACGGCGUUAACGAAUGGUUCCAUGGUAGAUAUCGUUUUGUUUGUUAUUUUGUGUAUAUUAUCAAAAUGGGUGGCAAGCGCUUCGACUUUUUCUUCGUCGGUCACACAUUUGUUUCUUUUUUGAUCAUUUGAGAACAAUACAUUUGGAUUUUCACUGCGAUUUUUGUAGUCGGUAAUUUGUUUUAUGUUUUUGAAGACGUUAUUGUCGAGUUUUAUAUUUUUAAUUUUAUAUUCGAGCUGACUUGACACAUCAGUUUUUAUUGAGUUUUCAAUCAUAUUGUUUAUUAGUCUCAAGUCGAUGCAUAUUUUGUCGUAGUUGGCACGAUUUUUAUUCCGGUGUUUUUUCGCAAAAUUCUCUUUUUUUCUUUGAUUAGUUUGAGCGAGCGGUUCGAUAAUUUCAUUGUGUCACUACAAAAUUUAAUGUCUGGCACGUAUUUGUCGAUUGCAUUUCUAUUAAUAAACAAUGUUUCACGAAUGUGUCGUGAUUAACACUAUCAAAAAAUUAUUGCAUCUAUUUUUAGACUUAAAAGUUUAAGUUUUUUUUUUCUCGGCAAAAUUGUUUGACGUACACCGCAAACCAACAAAUAAUUUUAGUCAUAUUUUUGUUUUCAAAAUAAAUCAGACCGAGAAAAAUCUGAGAUUUAUAGUACCAGUUUCUGUCAUUCAUUGACACUGCAUAACGAGCACUACGGUAGCUCAAAACUCGUUUAAUAAUAUUGUUUGUUUGCGUGUGAAAAUUCUGAAACAGGUUUGCUAUUGUUAUUUGACAUCAUUACACUGACUUUGCCAUCUAAGAUUUGCGACUGAACGCCACAUUUGCAAGUCAUAAGCUGUUUAGAGCUAGGGGAAUAUCACGCAAAAAAUUCUAUUGAAUUUCUAUUGAUUUUUGCAUUUUCUAAAAAUUAAUUUCAAUUAUAUUACAUUAUGCGAGAUAUCUGAGAUUUUUUUCAUUUUGGUCGAUUUUUGCAGAUAUUUUAAUGCUGGAAGUGGUUUUUGGCGGAUCCUCAGGAUCGUUCAGAACUGCUCCCGAUUCUGGAAGUGGGUUUUGGUGGAUCUUCAGGAUGGACCAGACUGGGUUUGGCAAUGCCCUGGCCCAUCUUGAGGAUCCACUUCCAGAACCGGGAGCAGUACUAAACGAUCCUGAGGAUCCACCGAAACCCACUUCCAGCAUUUUUGAAGCGGUAAUGACGUCAGCACAUGGUGAAUAUGAGUGAAUAAUACAGAUUUUGCGAAAUAUUUGAAAUAGCUUAGAUUCCAUUAGAUUUUAAUAAAAUAAAUGAGAUAGAAAUAAGUUUUGCGAAUAAAAAUUGCGUGAUAUUCCCCUAGGUUUAGAGCGAUUGAUUUUCAAAGGGUCAUUUCGAUCGUCGUUCAUUUUUUUUUUGUAAAUAAUAAUUUAGUCAAGUCAAUUGUUCAGAACUGCAAAACAAUUUUUAAGCAUUUUCAUGUUCACAUUAUUUUUGGUCAAGCAGCCUUUGGCGCUUGACCAGCUCAUG